GCUAGGCCGGCGGAGCGCGCACCGGAGCCCUCUGGACCUCGCCCGGAGGGGCGGGGCGGAGUCUGCACUAGGCCCACCUCAUCCCCGGGGGACGGAAGUAUCCACCGGACUCCUGAUCGCCCACCGGCCUCGCCUCCCCCCCACCCCCCCGCGGGCGGUCGGGGCCUGGGCGAGCUCCGGCGCCGGAAGGCACCAUGAAACGCGCCAGCUCUCUGCGCUUGCUUUCGGACCUGAGCAACUUCAGCGGCGCAGCGCGGCUCCGGGAGUUGUUGGCCGGGGACCCCGCCGUGCGAGUCCGCUGCAGCCCGGACGGCCGCCACCUGCUGCUGUUAAGACCCCCGGGAUCGCCAGCCCCGCAGCUGCUGGUCGCUGUGCUCGGACCCGGCCUGGAGCUGGAGCGUGCGUGGCCCGAGGGCCACCCCUCGCCCAUAGAUGCCUUCUUCCUGCCGUGGCCUGCACGACCCGCCCUGAUCUUGGUGUGGGAGAGUGGCCUAACGGAGGUGUGGGGGCCCGGGAUGGAGCCCGGCUGGCGGCUGCUUCAAAGCACCGAGCUGUGUCCCGGAGGUGGAGCCCGCGUGAUGGCCGUGGCGGCUAGCCGAGGCCGACUGGUAUGGUGCGAGGAGCGUCCCCCGGGCACCGAGCACGGGCUGCAGAGGCCCACAGCUGCCUUCAACCACCGCGUGUGCGUCAAGACCCUGGAGCCCAGCGCGGAGGCCGGCGCCAACCUAGGCCGCACACACAUCCUCCUGCACCACUGCCCCUCUCUUGGGCUGAUGGCCUCCCGCAAGGACCUCUUUCUGGUGCCCACUGCUACCACCUGGCCUGGUGUAGCCCACAUUCUGCUCAUCUGGAGCCCAAGCAAGGGCAAGGUGAUAGCUGCUGCUCCGUGUCUUGGCAUCUCCCACAGUAAAAGUCUGAAUCACAGAGAAGGGGGCACCUGGGACUUUCGGACCUUGAUCAGAGGCCUUCCUGGAUUGUUGUCCCCCAGCGAACCAUUGGCUGUACAUACCUCGGCCGCAACCCCGCAAGGUCUGCUGUUGCUGGACUUCAGAGGCAAGGUGAGCCUGAUGCAGUGUCAUGGAGGGAUUCGAGCCGUGGGCACCCUCCAGGAGGCACCUGUAGCACUGGAGGGGUCUGCAGCCCUGGGGACAUUUCAUGGCACCCUGGCCUGUGUGCUGGACUCCACCUUGGAACUGCUGGACAUGAGCAGUGGGCAGCUGCUGGAGAGGAAAGUCCUAAGUACAGACCGAGUGCAUCUGCUGGAGCCCCCAGCUCCUGGCAUGAAGGAUGAGGAAGAGCUGGAGACCCGAGGGCGUCUCCGUUUGCUUUCACCCUUGGGUCUGUUUUGUGUGGGCUGGGAAGCUCCUCGGGGCCCAGAGCUCACGUCAGGCAAGGAUCUGGUAUUUGAGGAAGCCUGUGGAUAUUACCAGCGUCGGAGCCUGCGGGGUACCCAGCUCACCCCGGAGGAACUGAGACAUAACAGCACAUUUCGGGCACCUCAGGCCUUGGCGUCCAUCCUCCAGGGCCAUUUGCCUCCAUCUACCCUGUUGACUACACUGAGGGCUGAGCUUCGAGAUUACCGGAGUUUAGAGAGGCUCAAGGCCCAGCUGGUGGCCGGCGAUGAGGAGGAGGCUGGCUGGACUGAGCUGGCAGAGCAUGAAGUGGCACGCCUGCUAAGGACAGAGUUGACCGGAGACCAGCUAGCCCAGUUCAACACCAUUUUCCAAGCCCUUCCUACGGCAGCCUGGGGUGCCGCGAUUCAAGUGCUGCAGCUCCAGACAGAUAGGACUGGCAGCCUGAGAUCCCAAGCUCCCCCAGAUGUGUGGAAGAAGGUGCUGAGAAGUACAGUUGCUGGAAAGGACCCUCCCAAUGGGAUACUGCCCCCCUUUGAACUCCUGUGUCGGUGCCUAUGCCAACUGGAGCCUCGCUGGCUGCCCCCCUUUGUGGAACUGGCACAGCAGCAAGGUGGGCCAGGUUGGGGGGCUGGAGGUCCUGGGCUGCCUCUUUACCGCAGAGCCCUGGCGGUGCUAGGUGAGGAGGGGACCAGGCCUGAGGCCCUAGAGUUAGAGCUGCUCCUGGGCAGUGGGCGCCCCAAAGCAGUGCUGCAAGCUGUGAGGCAGCUGGUGCAAAAGGAGCAGUGGGAGCGAGCUCUGGAAGCUGGCCUGGCCCUGGGGCCCUCCAGCCCCCUACUUCGAAGUGAAAUCUUCAAACUGCUGCUGGCCGAGUUUGCCCGGCACCGCGGCCUUGAUGCUCACCUCCCCCUCCUGUGUCGCCUGUGCCCACCAGAACUGGCUCCAGACGAGCUUCUGCUUCUACUGAGGCCACACCUUCCAGAUGAGGCGGAGUCCCUCACCCCAUUCCCUGAGCCUGGAGCGGAGCCCCCUCUCACUGUGGGCUUGCUCAGAGCCCUGCUAGAACAGACCGGGGCUCAAGAACAGCCCUCAGGCCCAGUUCUAAGCCCAUAUGAGGACAUCCUAUGGGAUACAGGCACUCCACCUCCCACACCACCUCGAGGACCCAUCACUCCCCUCCAGGCAUCAGACCAUCCGGGACUGGAGACCAGGACACCAUCUGGACAGGGCCUCUGUGAAACAGACAUGGGGAAUAAUUUAUAGGAUACAGGGAUCAGGGGAAGAGCACCUAAGAGUUAGAGGGAGCCAAGAUGUAACGAUAUGUGCAAUAAUCUUUGUUCUGCAGCAAUUUGAAAAUAUAUGUAAAUAUACAGGUUUUGUUUUUUGAACA